CUCUUGAUUCCGAGUUCUCUCAUCCCCGCUCCCGUGAACCGGGGAACUCGGGCUAGCUCGGGGGAUAUCGGCUGGGUCCCACGCGGUGUUAGGGUCAGAGGUGGGAACUGUAAAUUGGUCACUGCCUUUCGAUUCCAAGAAUCGUGCCUGAGAGAACCAGAGCCACCAACCGCCACCACCGGCGGGAAGUAACCGCCCCAACGUCCCCUUCCAGCCAGAAAGCAGCUUUCCGGCGCGCGAGGACUACGACUCCCAGCAUGCUCCGAGGCUGCCGCAAUUAACCCCCCAGGGCCCGCGGCCGUCCUGCGCCCCGCCUCCGUCUCUUACCUGGAUCCUGCAGGAGAUGGGUGCCCCCAUCGGCACACUGUCCUUUGGCCACCGGACAUCAUGCCUCCCAAGAAAGAUGUUCCUGUGAAGAAACCAGUGGGGCCCGCUAUCCCCAAGCCAGCUACGAAGCCAGCAGUGGGGGCUCCUCCAGCCAAGACCAAGGCUGAGCCAGCGGCAGCUGUCCCUCCAGCCCCUGAGAAAACUCAGCCCUCCAUUGAUCUCUCUAAAGUGGUGAUCGAGUUUAACAAGGACCAGCUGGAAGAGUUCAAGGAGGCCUUUGAGCUGUUUGACCGAGUAGGGGAUGGCAAGAUCCAAUAUAGCCAGUGUGGGGACCUGAUGAGGGCCCUGGGCCAGAACCCCACCAACGCCGAGGUGCUCAAGGUUCUGGGGAACCCCAAGAGUGAUGAGCUGAAGUCCCGGCGUGUGGACUUCGAGACUUUCCUGCCCAUGCUCCAGGCAGUGUCCAAGAACCGGGACCAAGGCACAUAUGAGGACUACCUGGAAGGGCUUCGGGUGUUUGACAAAGAAGGGAAUGGCAAAGUCAUGGGAGCAGAGCUGAGACAUGUCCUCACCACCCUGGGAGAGAAGAUGACUGAAGAGGAGGUGGAGACGGUUCUAGCAGGACAUGAGGACAGCAAUGGCUGCAUCAACUAUGAAGCCUUCUUGAAGCACAUCCUAAGCGUCUGAGCUCCACAGAUGCGGUGGGGUCGGACAUUGGGCCCCCUGCAGGCGGAAGCUCAUUGCUGCUGCUAGGAUGCCACCUAUUGUUUCAAAAUAAAGAGACGGUUCCUCCCUUG